UGUUAAACCGUCAAUACCAACUUGUUUACUCAAAUUGACAGGUCUAUUGGCGCUCUUGCAACUAUAAAAUGCCACUCCUUACCUGUUUUCCUCGAGACCCGCCCCCAAGAGCACUACACUACUCAAUCUUGGCAGGUUUCUGCAAUUCUCCAAUCUCCCACCUUCUCGGAUUCUUUCUUAUUCUUGAUGGCGUUGUUGUUUGAGUGUACGUGAUGGUGAUUAUACUUGUGCACAGUGUUGGCUGAGAAUAAUUUUUACAGUGCUGGAGUGAGUUAUGGUGGAAUAUGAAAAUGGGCAGCUAGAUUUCAUUGAACACCAACCAAAUUAUUGCCUAAAAUAGGAACACUACUUUGUAGAAGUGAAGCGUUUUUUCAUUGUGAUCAGCGAUGAGUUUUAAGCCUUUAAUUUGGUAUUGCCGGCCUGUGGCAAAUGGGAUUUGGGCUCAAGAGACUGAUAGUGCUUUUGGUGCUUAUACACCUUGUGCCAUUGAGUCAGUCGACUUCAUUUCUUACUUGGUUCUUUUCGGAUUGUGCUUAUAUCGGAUCUGGCUUAUUAAGAUGGACCAUACAGUCAAAAGGUUCUGUUUGAGGGCAAACUGCUAUAGCUAUAUUUUGAUCUUCUUAGGCUGCUUAUGUGCUGCUGAGCCACUGACCAGAUUGGCUAUGAGCAUUUCGAUCUUCAACUUAGAUUCUCAGACUGGUCUUGCCCCAUUUGAGAUAGUUUCCUUGGGCUGUCAGAUUCUGGCUUGGUCUUCAAUUAUUAUAAUGAUUGGCAUGGAAACUAGAAUGUACAUUAAAGAGUUUCGGUGGUAUAUCCGGUUUGGAGUGAUCUAUGUUUUGGUGGGUGAGGCUGUGAUCUUGAACCUCAUUAUUUCAAUGAUGGAGUUUUAUGCAAGGUCUGUUUUCUACAUGUAUUUGAGUUCACUUAUGUGCCAGGUCCUAUUUGGAGCACUACUUCUUUUUCAUGUUCCUCAUCUAGAUCCAUAUCCUGGUUAUAUUCCAUUGGGGAGUCAGUCUGCUGAUGAUAAUCAGUAUGAAGCACUUUUGGGGAAAGACCACAUAUGUCCUGAGAGACAAGCGAAUAUAUUUUCAAGAAUUUAUUUUGGAUGGAUGACUCCACUCAUGAAACUAGGCUAUAAGAAACCAAUCAAUGAAAAGGAUGUUUGGAUGUUGGAUACAUGGGAUCGGUCUGAGACUCUAAGUAGAAAAUUCCUAAUGUGUUGGAUGGAAGAAUCUCAGAGGUCAAAACCAUGGCUGUUACGUGCAUUAAACAAUAGUCUUGGAGGCAGGUUUUGGUUUGGAGGCCUCUUCAAAGUAGCCAGUGAUCUUUGUCAAUUUGUGGGACCAGUUUUACUGAAUAAGCUCUUACAGUCCCUACAACAAGGUGAUCCAGCUUGGGUUGGCUACUUAUACGCCUUCUUUAUUUUCCUUGGGGUGUCAUUAGGAGUGCUAUGUGAAGCACAGUACUUUCAGAAUUGCAUGCGUGUGGGUUUCAGGCUAAGGUCGACUUUGGUGGCUGCUGUGUAUCGCAAAUCCGUAAGGUUAACACAUGAGGGUCGCAAGCAGUUCCCAUCCGGAAAAAUAACAAAUAUGAUUACAACAGAUGCUAAUGGACUUCAGCAAAUAUGCCAACAACUUCAUGUUUUGUGGUCAGCUCCAUUUCGAAUUACUAUUGCCAUGGCUCUUCUAUACCAGCAAUUAGGUGUGGCUUCACUUCUUGGUGCUCUUGUUUUAGUCCUGAUGCUCCCUUUACAGACUUAUAUUAUUAGCAAUAUGCGAAGACUAUCCAAAGAAGGAUUGCUUCGCACUGACAAAAGGGUUGGCAUUACAAAUGAAAUUCUGGCUGCCAUGGAUGCAGUGAAAUGUUAUGCGUGGGAGAAGAGUUUCCAAUCCAAAAUUCAGAGCAUGAGGAAUGAUGAACUUUCAUGGUUUAGAAAAGCACAAGUUUUGUCAGCAUGCAAUAAUUUCGUAUUGAACAGCAUCCCAGUUCUCGUGACAGUGAUUUCAUUUGGAAUGUUUACUUUGCUUGGUGGAGAUUUGACGCCUGCUAGAGCAUUUACAUCACUUUCCUUGUUUGCAGUUCUUCGGUUCCCUUUGAACAUGCUUCCCAAUAUAAUAACUCAGGCUGUAAAUGCUAAUGUGUCCGUACAGCGGCUGGAGGAACUUUUCCUUGCUGAAGAGAGAAUCCUUUUACCUAAUCCACCUCUUCAACCUGGGCUUCCUGCAAUCUCAAUUAAGGACGGCUACUUUUCAUGGGAUCCUAAGGCGAAGAAGCCCACACUAUCAAAUAUAAAUUUGGAUAUUCCAGUCGGCAUGCUAGUUGCUGUUGUAGGUGGGACCGGCGAAGGAAAGACAUCUCUAAUAUCAGCAAUGCUUGGGGAGCUUCCUCCAUUGGGCAAUGCAAAUGUUUCCCUUAGAGGAACUGUUGCAUAUGUUCCUCAAGUUUCGUGGAUUUUCAAUGCUACUGUACGCAAAAACAUAUUAUUUGGGUCUAGUUUUGAACCAACACGAUAUUGGAAGGCCAUAGAUGUCACCGCAAUGCAUCAUGACCUUGACUUACUUCCAGGUCGAGAUCUUACAGAGAUUGGAGAAAGAGGGGUGAAUAUUAGUGGAGGACAAAAGCAAAGAGUUUCCAUGGCAAGGGCUGUCUACUCAAACUCUGAUGUAUACAUCUUUGAUGACCCCUUAAGUGCUCUAGAUGCGCAUGUUGCCCAACAGGUUUUCAAUAACUGUAUAAAAGAAGAGUUGCAAGGGAAGACUAGAGUGCUUAUAACAAACCAGCUACAUUUUCUUCCUCAUGUAGACAGAAUUAUUCUGGUAUGUGACGGUGUGGUUAAAGAGGAUGGAACUUUUGAGGAGCUUUACAGAAAUGGCACACUUUUUCAAAAGCUAAUGGAAAAUGCGGGGAAGAUGGAGAACUGCAGUGAUGCAAGAGAUGGAAAAAAUAAUAGUGAAUCUUCACAGACUUCUACUAUCGUGGUGCCGGAGCAGCUAAAUGAUGCAACCUCAAUGGCCAAAAGGAAAGAAGGUAAAUCUAUUCUUGUCAAACAGGAAGAACGGGAGACAGGUGUUGUAAACUGGAAUGUGUUAACGAGGUAUACAAAUGCUUUGGGAGGACUUUGGGUGGUCAUGGUAUUGUUCUUCUUCUAUACUAUGACAGAAGUUCUCAGACUACUAAGUAGCACAUGGUUAAGUGUGUGGACUGAAAAAAGCACCUCAAAGGACUAUGUAGCUGCCUUCUAUAUCUUAAUUUAUGCUUUGGUAUCAUCUACACAGGUGUUAGUAUCCUUGGGAAACUCUUUUUGGUUGAUCAUAUCUAGCCUUAAUGCCGCUAAACGACUUCAUGAAUCAAUGCUUCAUUCUAUACUCAGAGCCCCUAUGGUAUUCUUCCACACUAACCCCAUUGGGCGAAUCAUCAACAGAUUUUCAAAAGAUCUUGGUGAUAUUGAUCGCAAUGUUGCAAGUUCUGUUAAUCAGUUUCUCAGCCAAGUAUGGCAACUUCUCUCAACUUUUGCACUCAUAGGUGCUGUCAGCACUAUAUCCCUCUGGGCAAUAAUGCCACUUAUGAUACUAUUUUAUGCAGCUUAUCUGUAUUACCAGAGCACAGCUCGUGAAGUAAAACGUCUGGACUCUAUUACUAGGUCUCCUGUAUAUGCACAGUUUGGAGAAGCUUUAAAUGGUUUAUCUAGCAUCCGUGCAUAUAAAGCAUAUGACCGAUUGGCAAGCAUUAACGGCAAAUCUAUGGACAACAAUGUGAGAUUCACUCUUGUUAACAUAAGCUCUAAUCGCUGGCUAGGCAUAAGGCUUGAAACAUUGGGAGGUGUCAUGGUAUGGUUGACAGCAACAUUUGCUGUCAUGGAGAAUGGAAGAGCAGAAAAUAAGGUUGCAUUUGCUUCUUCAAUGGGGUUGCUGCUAAGUUACAGCCUAAAUAUUACAACUCUGCUCGGUAAUGUUUUUAGACAAGCAAGCAGAGCUGAAAAUAGUCUAAAUGCAGUUGAGCGUGUUGGGACCUAUAUAGAUUUGACAUCAGAAGCUCCUGACGUUAUAGAGAGCAACCGUCCUCCACCAGGAUGGCCUUCAUCUGGAUUAAUCAAGUUUGAGGAUGUUGUGCUACGUUACAGAUCUGAACUUCCUCCUGUCCUCCAUGGCUUGUCCUUCACAAUCUCUUCAAGUAAAAAAAUUGGAAUUGUUGGAAGAACUGGGGCUGGAAAAUCCAGCAUGAUAAAUGCAUUAUUCCGGAUUGUAGAACUCCAGAAAGGAAGAAUCUUGAUUGAUGACUAUAACAUUGCUAGUCUUGGAUUGACAGAUCUUCGCAGUGCUCUCAGUCUCAUACCACAGACUCCAGUUCUUUUCUCAGGAACUCUCCGGUUUAAUCUUGAUCCUUUUAAUGAACACAAUGAUGCUGACCUUUGGGAAGCACUAGAGCGUGCACACUUAAAGGAAGCCAUAAGGAGGAAUGCUUUUGGUCUUGAUGCAGAGGUUACAGAGGGAGGCGAGAACUUCAGUGUUGGACAGAGGCAGUUAUUGAGUCUUGCUCGAGCAUUGUUGCGGAGGUCAAAGAUCCUUGUUCUUGAUGAAGCAACUGCAGCUGUUGAUGUUGGAACCGACUCGCUUAUACAGAAGACUAUAAGAGAAGAAUUCAAGUCAUGCACUAUGCUCAUCAUUGCUCACCGCCUCAAUACAAUCAUUGACACCAAUUGCAUUCUCGUGCUUGAUGCUGGCCGGGUUUUGGAGUAUGAUACCCCAGAGAAACUUCUACUGAAUGAAUCGAGUGCUUUCUCGAAGAUGGUUCUUAGCACUGGGGCUGCAAAUGCUCAGUAUUUACGUAGUUUAGUACUUGAUGGGAACAAAUCCAAAGAAGCAAAUCCCAUCUAUGUAAAUGAGACGGGGAGAUUCUUUGUAUCUUCCCAUUGGACUGACGCUGUACGAUUUGCUCUUGCUAAAAACCUUGCUGAUUCAAUCAAGGAAUUUAAAGUGUUGGGGUUUGAAGAUGAGAAUAGUAUUCUUAAGAAAACAGAGGAUGCAGUUGUAACACUGCAAGGUGUUUUGGAGGGGAAACAUGAUGAAGUCAUCCAAGAGGUGCUAGAUCGCUGUGAGGUCCCUCAACAGAGAUGGUGGUCAUCUCUCCUAAGAAUUAUUGAAGGUCUUGCUGUAAUGAGCAGGUUGGGACAUGGAAGAUACCAACUUGAAGAAAAUGGAUUUGCAGAAAGAUCAGAAAUUUGGAAUCAUGAUGAAGAAAUGUAGAACCAAACCACCCCCCCACCCCCCCCCCCCCCCCCCACUUUUUUUUUUUCUCUUUUUUCUUGUCAAAGUCGUGUACUGUAUAAGAAGAAUUGUACCUAGUUAAAUUGAUUUUGGUAUUAUUUUCUCUAUGCCAAUUGCCAAGAGCCAGGAGGUACUCAAUCUCAACAUAAUAGGGGGAAAAUACAUUGACUCCUAGGUUAGAGUCAAACUUGAUGAUUUUCUUACUUUGAGAUUUCAAACUGAAUACUUGUCAAACUUGAUCAUCAUUGGUUGUGAUCGUUUCAGUUUUUAUCUUCAGUUACAAUUU